AUGGCUGAAAACCGAAUAUUGGUCACCGUGAAAAAUCCAAAUUAUGGAGGCUUCAAGUAUGAGAAUAGUACAGUUCAUAUCAGCUACCGUGGGAAUGUUGUCGCCGAAGCUCCGAUCAGAGACGACACAGUUCCGGCUCGUUCGACUCAUAACAUCACCAGUGUUGUGAGUAUUUUGGCUGACAAAUUGGUAACUAAUUCGCAUUUCUCGGGUGACAUGGCUGUUGGAGUGCUGAAUUUUACUUCAGAAACCACUCUGCAUGGCAAGGUGAACUUGUUGAAGGUCUUUAAGAUGAAGGCAACCUGUUAUAGCGAUUGCAACAUUUCUAUCUAUCACUACUGGAACCCAGAGCGCCGCCACCGUUUGCAAAUUGAGGGUAAAACUCGAUAA